AUGCCAGAAAUUACCAGCCAUCUCACCAUCGGCUUCAAUACAACCAUUCGAAGACUAGAAGCGUUGUCUCAAGUUCGGAGGCCCUCCAGUUUCUCGAAGCCCCAGAAAUCUUCCUCAGGCUCUUCAAAAGCUGAACCUACAAAUCUCUUUGCCGUUCUCGUCUGUCGUCGUUCCUUCCCAGAAGUCUUGACCUCCUCCAUACCUUCAAUGCUCGUUACUGCAGCCACCAAACCCAGCCGCGCGAGAUUGAUCGACAUCAGCCCCCAGAGUGAAGCAAAGAUUGCAGAAGCGCUGAAACAGCCUCGUGUCGGAGUCCUGGGUAUCGAGUUCGAUGCUCCCGGAGUAAAUAACCUGAGUCGGUUUGUGCUUGAAAAUAUCCAUGAAGUUGAUAUCCCUUGGCUUGAGCAACAGUCAGUACCCACAUACUUGCCUGUUAACAUCGAAUCAACAGCAAUCACGCCCAAGGCAAAAUCUUCGAUGGACACUCGCAAGAGAAAGGGAAAGAUACAUGAGGCUUCGACAAGUGAAUCUUAA